AUGGACCCGGACGCCUGCCGCAACUGCGGCCACAGCGGCAAACACGUCGUCUUCCUCGACCACCGCUGCGCCAUCCACGAGCGCGACGAUGCGGAGCGCGACAAGCUCCAGGCCGACGCGGCCCUCGAGCGCGCCCGCGACCUCUGCGAGUCCUCGCUCGGCCUCAUGAAGCGCCAGAUGCAGGAGCUCGAGGACGCCAACGAGGCCAUCGACGCCCUCGCCGCCGCCCUCGCCGCCGCCGAGGACCGCCGCGAGAGGGUCCGCAGGGACCUGGGCACGCACGGCGACGUCUGCCUCACGGCGCGGUCGAACCUCGAGGCCGCCGAGGAGAUGGCCAUCGCGGCCGCGGGGCGGUAUUUCGAGGCCGGAAGGGCUGUUGCCGCGUUGGAGGAGAAGGAGCAGCAGCAGCAGCAGCAGCAGCAGCUCUCGGAGCCGAGUUCCGGGGUGCGGGAUCCGAUGGAGGAGGACGAAGAGGAGGCGGGCGGCAGAGUUGAGGAGGACGCAAGGAGGUGGCAGAGGUCGAACGAGAGGUUCUGCAAGUGGCUCAGGCAGUCCGAGGCGCAGAGGCAGAUCAUGAAGUCGUCGUGGACGAAGCUGCGCGUCGCGGAGAGGCUGGCGAGCGAGGGUGUCGACGACGAGCAGGUCGCGCGGCAGAACCGCGUGCAGGAAUGGGCCGAGGCGCGGAGGAGGAGCGACGUGCCGCCGGAAGAAGACGCGACGUUCAACACCGAGGGCGGGGAGUCCGAGCCGCCGGCGCCCGUCGUCCCGGUCCCGCCCACGCCGGCAGCCACACGCUCUGGCGUCAUAAGAAAACCCGCGCCCAUCAAGACGACGCGCGGACGGAGCGGCGGACGAGGAGCGGCGGCGGCGGCGGCGCAGCCGGUCACCGCGCCGCCGUCGCCGACCAAGACUACGACGACGACCACGGGACGGCCGCUGAGGACGGCGAGGAGGUUGGAGAGCCAGACGAGGUCUGAGCCCGCGAGGCCCACGACCGCGACGAGGGCGAAGAAGGAGCCCGUGACGGCGAACCAGAAGGCUGCUGCGGCGGCGGCGGCGAAGACGACGGGGCGGACGACGAGGGCGGCGAGGACGGCUAAGACGGGGGCGGCGGAGGCGGCUGCCGUUGCGGCCGCCGCGGGGGCGAGUGCCGGGUCCGGGACGUCCGGGAGGCCGCAGAGGGUUACGAGGAGGAAGUCGAGGGUGCAGCCGUAUCCGCAGCCGCAGGCUCAGCCGAGAUGGAAGUAG